ACACAAUCUUGUCUCUCCUUGGACCACUCGUCUGACACCAGAAGCCGUCCUUGUCAUAUUGUGUCAUCGUGCUUCAAGACGUCGAGCACAACAACGAUCAUAGGCACACGGAUCUGCCCGUGUUCCACAUAUCAGGUCUUUGUCAGGGUUUGAACGCACCGAGAGGACGACAUGCCAAUUACCCCUUACCCACCUCACACCUCCCUGACCUCUCAGAGUGUUGAGAUACCUUCGUCCAGAAAAGCGGGUCAGACAGGUGUCUUCAAGAAUGCUAUAUGGGACAAAUCUCGCUUGACGGAGAAAGAUGAACCUCGAACUCUUUUUGAGCUCUUUGAGCAAUCUGUCGCUCGUCAUCCACACCGAUCACUUUUUCUCCGCCGUGCCACCAUUCCUCCCUCAGCAUCAAGUACCACUGACGAAGUAACGUUCGGCACCACUCUCCUCAGUACGACCUACUCUCAAGUUCAACAACGUCGUACCGCACUUGGAUCGGCUUUACUAGCACUCGAACGAGAUGGUCGGUUGAAAGCACCCAAUGUGGGUUCUAUCACUCCGGUGGAACUGACUCACCCUGGUGUACCUCAUUUCAGCACUAGCAACCGAUUAAAACAUGGUGCACGUCGAGGUUGGGCAGUGGGAAUGUGGAGUAAGAACAGAGAGGAAUGGCAGGUGAUUGACCUCGCAUGCCAAGCCUACGGCCUGGUCAGCGUGAGUCUAUACGAGACUCUUGGGCCUGAUGUUGCCAAAUAUAUAACAAAUCACUGCCCCCUUUCUAUCGUGUUCGCUGCUCGGAAUCAUCUUCCAAGUCUACUCAAGGUCGUUCCUCAAUGUUCGACUCUGAAAGUGAUUGUCAGUAUGGACCCGCUACCUCGGACUGAGGGCGAAGUGUUGAAACAGUGGGCCAAGAGUGUCAAUGUGGAGCUACUGGAUAUGGUCGAGCUAGAGAAAUGGGGGAUGACCGAGGGAGUCUUUUGCGAGCCAGGUCCCGUUAAAGGGGUUCACGGCGAAGAGGAAUUGGACAGGCAGCGUAUUGUCACUAUCAGUUAUACAAGCGGUACCACUGGUGAUCCCAAAGGCGUAGUCUUGACCAACGACAAUGUCACAACGGCGGUCGUCUCCAACGCCUUGGGUGCGACAGAGCAACUUAAUCAUCAAGAAUGGCGAUUUUUGUCCUACAUGCCCUUGAGUCAUAUGUGUGUUCAGAUCAAUCCACAAAAGCUUGCUCACGAACAGCGAUUCCUGGAGCUUCUUGUCAUGUAUGCGAACGGGACUAUCGGACUGACUACGGGCGAUACGACUCGGUUACUUGAAGACGCUCAGCUUAUAAAGCCGCAUUUCAUGGCGGGUGUACCGAGAGUUUGGAACAGAAUCAACGCUGCCGUUCAAACGCAGAUAGAAGCUGGUGGCCUAAAAGGCGCUCUGCUGUCAAAAGCCGUCGAGGCUAAGCUCGCUAAUUGGCGACAAAAUGCGGAAGUGAAACACACUCUCUAUGAUAUUCUGGUUUUCAGAAAGAUUCGGAAUCUGCUUGGAGGCAACAUCUUGUACAUUGGCUCAGGAGCUGCCCCUUUGGCUGCUGAGGUGCACGAACUCCUGAAGAUUUGUUUCAGUUGUGAGGUUGUGCAAGGAUAUGGCAUGACAGAGACUGUUGGAACGUGUACCAAAGGGAUACCUUGGGACAUCAAGUCUGUUGGCACUUGCGGUCAAAUACAACCUUGCAAUGAUGUCAAACUGGUCGAUGUGCCAGAUAUGGGAUACCGAAGUACCGAUAAGCCUUCACCCCGUGGAGAGAUAUGCCUCAAAGGCUGUAACAUCACUCCUGGAUACUUGCACGAUCCGAUCAACACGACGAAGCUCAUCGAUAAGGAUGGCUGGAUGCACACCGAAGAUAUCGGAGAGAUUGAUUCUGACGGAAGAUUGAAGAUCAUCGACCGGAUCAAGAAUGUCGUCAAACUGUCACAAGGGGAAUAUGUCGCACUGGAAAAGCUGGAGGGGAUCUACGCUCUGAAUCCCCUGUUCGCGACUUUGUUGGUUCAUGGGGACUCGACACGUUCUUGCAUUGUGGCCAUUGCGGUGCUUGAUCCUGCUCAAGCGGCCAACUUGGCUCAUCACGUCUUGGGCCAGACGUUCCACCCGGAGGACGUGAAGACGUUGGAGAGGGUGGUGCAGGAUAAGAAAGUGAAGAGGGCAGUUUUGGAGGGAUUGGUGAAGAUCGCGAAGAGUCAUCGGUUGAAUGGGUUCGAAACUAUCAAAGGUGUCCACCUCACACUCACACCAUUCCCAGACGAUCUCAUCACUCCUACCCUCAAAGUGAAACGCAGUGUGGCCGCCAAGUGGUUCAAGAAAGAGAUUGAUCAGGCAUAUCGCGACAGCGAGGAGGGGACCGGAAUUCAGAAAGCCAAACUAUGAUCUUACCCUUCUUUCCAAACGCUUUAUAAUCCAGUGGACUUCCUUUGGUGCAUCGUCAGUGAAAGUAUAGUGUACGAGUCUAGUGAGUUGGAUCAUACAUUUUCGGGAGCUUGAUUAUGUAUAUGCUAGAUGGAUGGAUAUGCUUCAGAUG